CGUGAAGCAUAGGCCAUUUCGCGUGGGAUUGAGGCUCUUUCCUAAUUAGGUUGCUUUGUAAAGAAAGCCAUCUUUGGGUUCGUCGGAUAACAAAUACACACACCCGCGGAAGGGAAGAAAAAACAGAAACAGAGGAAACAGAAACAAAGAAAACAAAAACACACUGUGACACCCGAAAGCAAAUCUCAGUCCACAAUCCAAAAAUACAGUCACUGUUAUUGGAUGAUUAGACCUGCGUCGUGAAACAGUCAUGGCAGAGGGUGCAGAAGUUGAGGAACGGGUGGAUCUUGAAGAAGACAAUUACAUGGAAGAAAUGGAGGAUGAUGUUGAGGAUCAACUAGAUGAUGAUGGCGAAGAUGAUAAUGGAGAUGCAAAUGUUGAAGAAAAUGCUGAAGAGGACUAUGAGGACUUAAAAACUGGGGGUAGUCAGAAAGAUCAAUCACCAGAAACGCAUAGAAGCCAUGUGGAUUCAGAGCCGCUGGAAGAUGAAGAAAAACCAACUGCUUCUGUCAAUGAAGAGGAAAAAGAGAAGCAUGCCCAACUUCUUGCCCUUCCUCCUCAUGGUUCAGAAGUUUUCAUUGGCGGGCUUCCAAAGGACGUGUCAGAAGAUGAUUUGAGGGAUCUCUGUGAACCAAUAGGCGAAAUUUUUGAGAUAAGGUUAAUGAAAGAUAAGGACACGGGUGAAAGUAAGGGAUUUGCUUUUGUUGCCUUUAAAUCAAAGGAGGCUGCUCAAAAAGCCAUUGAGGAGCUACAUAGUAAGGAGUUCAAGGGAAAAACCUUAAGAUGUUCACUUUCUGAAACCAAGAACAGAUUAUUUAUUGGUAAUGUUCCAAAGAGUUGGACGGAGGAUGAGUUUAGAAAAGUCAUUGAGGAGGUUGGUCCUGGCGUGGAAAUCAUUGAGCUAAUAAAGGAUCCCCAAAAUCCAGCCCGUAAUCGUGGUUUUGCUUUUGUAUUGUAUUACAAUAAUGCAUGUGCUGAUUAUUCGCGGCAGAAAAUGUUAAAUGCAAAUUUUAAGCUGGAUGGAAAUACACCAACUAUCAGCUGGGCUGAUCCAAAGGGCACUCCCGAUCAUUCUGCUGCAGCUGCUCAGGUUAAAGCGCUCUAUGUGAAGAAUAUACCUGAGAACACUAGUACUGAGCAACUGAAGGAACUAUUCCAGCGCCAUGGGGAAGUGACGAAAGUCGUUAUGCCACCUGGCAAAGCUGGAAAACGAGAUUUUGGAUUCAUCCACUAUGCUGAAAGGUCAAGUGCAUUGAAGGCUGUCAAAGAUAACGAGAAAUAUGAAAUUGACGGCCAAUUGCUGGAGGUUGUCCUCGCCAAGCCUCAGACUGAUAAAAAACCUGAUGUGGUUUAUCCUUAUACUGCUGGGCUUCAUCCGAACCAUGUUGCACGUCCUGCGUAUGGUGGGUUCACUGGAAGCCCAUAUGGCUCUGUAGGUGCUGGAUUUGGUGUUGCUGCCAGUUUUCAACAGCCUGUUAUAUAUGGAAGAGGUCCAAUGCCAGCAGGGAUGCAUAUGGUGCCAAUGGUUCUACCUGAUGGUCAAAUUGGCUAUGUUCUUCAGCAGCCUGGAGUGCACAUGCCACAACCUCGGCCUAGGAGAGUCGAUCGGAGCAAUGGUCCUAGUGGGCCUGGACGAGCCGGAAGUAGUGGAGAUGAUGGCAAUCGUAGCAGAAGAUACCGUCCUUAUUAGUAGUUGAGCUGUAGAGAUGUGUCAUAGUUUUUUCUCAGGGAAUCAAGAGACAUGUAGUUGGACGACUUGUUGCUGGAAACAAAAUAACAGAUCACCACCAUGCCCCUUUCUUCUCCAGUACCCCAAAACUCUAGAAUUUUUAAAGGGGAAAAGUAUGAAAAGAGGAAGAAAAAGGAUGUUAGAAUUAGGACAGAGGUGUCUUGUGACUUUUAUGUGGUAGGAGACAAUUGAAAGUCUCACUUUAUGUAAUUCUCACAUAUUGAUGGUUUAUUUAUUGGCGUUAUGCUAUGUUUCUGAGCAGGAAUUAAGAAGUAGCUAUUGUUUUAUUGAUGUGCAAA